AUGAAUGCUAAAUUUUUGGAAGCAAUCGAUUUGCUACGAGAUAAUAAUGUGACACAAUUUGAAAAGCUAAUAAAACAGUUUCCGCAAUUGCUUGAGAUACGACGUCGUGGACGUUCUCUGCUUACCUAUGCAUUACUUUACGAUCGUUUACGAGCUUUACAAAUUAUCUCAAAACGAUCCAAGUCAUCAUUUGACGGUGAAGAAUGUUCCGAAAGCGUUUUACAUUGGAUUGCAAAAUUUGACGCACGUAAAUGUUGCAAAUAUUUGCUUAGUUUACCACGGCAAUAUUCCGAAAUACCAUGGAUUGUGAUAAAAAAUAAUCGGCAAAUUACACCCAUUCAUCUUGCUGCACAUUAUGGUCAUGUGAAAAUUUUAAAAAUGUUACUUCAAUCUACCGUAUUGGAUAGUGAAAAUUUUUAUCAAAUGGUAAAUGAUAACGUCGGUCGAUCACCGCUGCAUUAUGCUGCAUGCACUGCAAGAUUGGAGUGCUGUGAGGUACUGCUUGAUGAAAAACUUGGAUUGCCGGUUGAUCAGAAGGAUCGAAAUGGACAUACACCAUUAAUGUGUGCUGCUGCUAGCUGUCAUCCGGAUGCACCAGAAGUAGUACGUUUAUUGGGAAGCCGAAAGAUAAGUUCAGUAACAGCUCGUGAUAAUGUUGGUCGUACGGCAAUGCAUUUAGCGGUAAUUGCGCAAAAUACGACUGUUGUUGACAUUUUGCUCAACGAAUUGCAAUGUCCUUCAGAGACAUUUGAUAAUGAUGCUCGUACACCGUUACAUUAUGCAGCAAAACGUGGUUUCGAUGAAGUGGUGAAGAAAUUGUUAGCAGCAAAAGCACGUAAUGCUACACGUGAUUGUUACGGUAUUUCACCGGCACAUUACGCUGUACUGAAUGGUCAUCGUAAUGUUGUUGAUCAAUUAAUGAUAUCUGCUGGACGAAUGGAGCAAUAUGAUAGUGAUGGACGAUCAUGUUUUAUGUGGUCAGUAAUUGCUGACCAAGAAUUAUUAGUGCAACAUUUUUUGGAAUAUUAUCAACCAAAUCGUAAUCAUAAAGAUAAAUAUGGUUAUACAGCGCUUCAUCAUGCGGCGCAUAUUGGAAGCUUACGUUUGAUAAAAUUAUUAGUAAAAGAAGGAUGGAAUAUUCAUGAAGUAGAUGAAACUGGUGCAACAGCUCUUCAUCUUGCUGCAGCCAAAGGUUUUACCAAUGUAGCUCGUUUAUUAGUUAUGGUUGGUGCUAAUUGUGAACAUAUCGAUCAACAAGGAAGAACUCCGAUAUUUUAUGCAUGCUUGGGAGGACAAGCGCAUACAUUAAGCGUUAUGGUGACAGAAUUAAAUUGCAAAAUAAUGCAUACGGAUAAGCUUGGACGAACUGCGCUGCAUUGUGCUGCAUUUGGUGGUUAUAUUGCAUGCAUUGAAGUACUUAUCAUGAAAGCUGAUUGUCUCAUUCAUAAGGAAGAUUUAGAUCAAUUUACGCCAAUUCAUAUAGCUUGUGAAAGAGGUAAAUAUGAUUGUGUGAAAUAUUUACUGAAAUGUGGAGCAGCUGUAAAUGCAUUUGCACGGAUCGACGAUUGUACACCGUUAAGUUGUGCACAGGCCAAUGGUCAUCAGCAGGUAUGA